CUCUCAAUUUUCCUUUUCUGUGUCAAUUUCGAAGAGAAGAAGAAAAAAGGGCAAAAUUCGAAGGAUGAACAACCAGCGUAUGACUCCGGAGGCAGCGGCGCAAUUCGGCGAUGGAAUUCAGAUGGUUCUUUCUCGGUGGGCUGCACUGCGGAUGGCCAUCGAAAACGGGUGGGGUGGCCGCGACACUCUCCAGAAAUCGCAGCAGCUCGGCCACAAUCUCUUCAAUUUCCUCACUCAAUCCAAAGAUCAAGUGUAUAUUGAUGAUGUAGAGGUUAUACUUUAUGAAUUCAUGGACUCUCUCAAUACUGAUAUUGAGGACGGCAGUGUUGAGGAGGUUGCAGAAAAAUUUAUGCUAAUGCGUGAAGAAUGUUUAGAAGGUCAGUUUGACUCAAUAAAGAAGCUGCGAGAAACAAAUGUUCCAAGUGUUUCUUAUACCAGACAGCCCAACAGCGAUGAUGAGGAAGACAGUGAUGAAGAUGAUGCAAUUAUAGAGAACAACAUGUCAGCAAUGGAAGUUGAUGCUCCACAACCACAGCACCAAUCGGAUCACAAUCUGACUGAUAUUGUGGCUGAUGAAAGUAGCACGAAAGAUGCUCCUCAAGUUGUGGAUGGAUGGACUGUUGUUUCAAAAAAGAGUAAAGGGAGAAAGAAGUGAUGGAUUGAUUACAUUGGCUGGAGCCACUUUAGGUAGGAAUAUUUGAGUAUAUCUGAAGACAACAAUUUUGUUCGUAUUCUCUAAAGUUUUGUUUAGUGUUUCAGUAUGUUUUUUGUUCAAAUCCUCUAAAGUUAUCUAAUGUUUCAGGAUAUUUUUUGUUCAA